AUGUCCAGGGGCAGCGUCUGUUCCCGUAACGUUGAGCAUCGUCCGCAGAAACUACACUCGCUCACACCUUCGACAAUUGCCAGCGCCGAUGAUGGCUCCAGUCGGAACUCAAGCGCGCCAGAGUUGGUAGAACGUCUCACCGCACGCGUCAAGGAGUUGGAAGCCACUCUGCGGGAAUUUCAGUCGAUGCGACAAGCAGCCUCGUUGAGUCCGGUGGAGAGGAGCCAGGACGGCGAUGCGGCGGCAGCGAGGAUUUCUCCCGUUCAAAGUGCAGAAUUAUCGCCACCAUCUUCUGAACAAAGUGAUCCCGUGACAAUCACUGAAGCCUCCCCGUCGAGAACGUUGGUGAAUUCGGAGAUCGAAAAUGCGGCUACGAUUCUUGAAUUUCUGGCAUGGGGUCGCAGGAAAGACCCAGACUACAAUGAAGUCGUUAACAAGGAGGACAAUAGCGUUGGCCUGAACCAGUCUCCAGGUGAUGUUGGGCCCGGUACCGCAUGGGAAGAGUGGUCGUCAGAGGAGAACAGCUUUCUGUCAGGAUCCAAGACCUCGUCCCUACGGUUCCUUCAGUUUUUGCUUCCCAGUCGGCGCCAGUUGACUCAGAUCAUUAACUACCACAGAGAGUGUCUCUUGUGGUAUCACGGCGUGUUCCACUCUCUAGUCUUUGCUGCAGAGGUGGAUGACUUUCUAACCCGCCAUAACGGCUGUGUCGAGAACCCCGAUGUCGAUCUCCAGUGGAUAGCGAUGCUCUUCGCUGUUUUAACUGGUAGUAUGGCCUGCGCUCCGCGACCAGUGGCCCAUUCGUGGGGUUUCAAAGAGGCAGAGCAGAUAACGCUGGCCAACCGCUGGUUUGAAGCCACUACCGUGUGUUUAAACAUUGCUGAUUACACUGCCCGCCACUCUAUAUACUCUGUCCAAGCCAUAGCAGUCCUGACUAUUCCCGCUCAUCUGCUGGGUCACUCCAAUCGCCAAUCCGUGUUGUUGGCAUCGGCUGUCCGGGUCGCCCAGAACCUAGGACUCCAUCGACUAGGCGAGGAAAUGGAAGAAGAGUCGCCGGACCUCGUAAAGCGUGAGCUCGGCCGGCGCGUCUGGUGGCAGCUAUGCACACAGGACUGGUUCUCCAUCCCGUUCUCCGAGAGCUAUUUGAUCCAUAGCACAUGCUUUGAUACGGGGAAACCGCGAAAUUGUUAUGAGGAGGAUAUGCGCUCCUUGCCGGAUGACAUACCCACGAUUAUGAGCUACAGUCGAUUCUUCUAUAAGGUCGCUGCCGUCAUGCCGCAGCUUCAAGAUGGCUUGACAUCGUCCAAUACCUUAUAUACUAAGUAUGAGCAGGUGCUGCAGAGUGACACCCAGAUGCGGGCGUUGGCCACGCAGCAUGUUCCCCACUACAUCCGGAGCGUUCCCCUGGAUGAUCGGUGGCCCUGCCAUGUCCCAUGGGCCCGGAAAAGCGUUGCAAUUAGUCUUUCACACAAGAUAAUUAUGAUCCAUCGCAAGUUUCUCGGCCUGAGCUUCUCCAAUCCGGCUUUUCAAUUCACCCGCAAAACCUGCGUUGCAGCCUCCAAGACUAUCAUUAAGGAACAGAAGCAAAUGGUCAAAGAUAAUGGUCCAGUGCUGUGGAUUUACCACGCUUUCAGCGUGGCGGCCGGUAUCAUCCUCUGCCUGGAUAUAUUGCACCGCUCCCCGUCGGACAAGGAAUAUAUAGAGCACCGAAUACUGGUCGAGGAUGUGAUCGAUGUUCUCUCGCGCUUUGAAAUCAGCAUGAUUGCCAAGCGUGGCAUUGUGAUACUCAGGGCUUUGCUGACAAAGGAGCGAACCGAAAGAGUCCGCAAGCUGGAUAUACCCGAACUAAUCCAAAGCUUCUGCGAACAGGAACGUCGGAGCCCCUCUCGUCGUCAGACAGGUAGAAACCUUCAACCGGGGUGGCCGCCCAGUGCACCGGACGCGAAUAGCACGAAUGGCCAAGAGGCAUCUGAAUCCUUGGAUAAUUUAGGGAUCAUGUCAACUGCAAGCAUGCCUGUGACGUCUACAGCGUCAAAUAGCGCGCACUCUGUUCCUUUAGGAGCGCAUUCAUUCGGGCACAGGCACUCCGGGGAGGAGUCGUUCCCGGAUUUAAUGGCACUGCAAUUUGCGGACUUCACUACUACAUCCCAUUCUUUGGAGGACAUCUUGUUUCUUGCGCAGAAUUAUCGGGGCUGA